AUGUCAGUGAAACCAUUAUUAAUUGAAUGGGCACCACAUUGUGGAUGGAUAUGCGUUGUCACCCCGAGUGAGACACCAGGAGAAACUAAUGUCGCCUUCACGGAUUAUACGGGAACAAUCAAAGAACCAGGUCCCACAAAACCUGGAGUUGUAACUUGUGUGAGAUGGCAUCCGAAGAAACAAUUCGUAGCGGUCGGAUGGAAAGAUGGAGGAGUAUUCUUUGUUCCGAAAGGAAAAAAUGUUUCUCACACUGUGAUAGAGAGUUAUCCGUUUCCAAAUCAUGGUGUGGAUUGGAGCCACGAUGGAACUAUUCUGAUGACCCUUCAUAAUCCAUCAUCAGUCCACUUAUACAGUUAUCUUUGUAUAGGAGAGGAUAUAUCAACGUCGAAUCUAAUGCAAAUAGAACUGAACGAUCAAAUCACAUUGUGGUGUAAGCGGUUGAGUUAUGAAAAACACCGAUCGAGUAGAGUGUCAGAAGAGGAUAGUGGAGUAGAUGAAUCACCGUUUGGAUCAAAAGAGUCAUUAUCAGAUAGAAGAGAUGAGAAGAGUUUGGUACCGACUGGCACGGAGUUUUUGUUUGCAAGCAAAUCUGGAACCAUUUAUGGAGUGGAUAAUGAUAAACAGAAGACUAUUCAUAAGCUUGACUCGGAAAUCCUUUUUCUCGGAUAUUGUGAUGUGAUUUCAAUGAUAAUUGCAUUUACAAAAGACUGUUUCAUAUUCCAUUUGGCCAAAGGUCCAACAGAGGGAAGAUGUGCAGAGAAAGUGAAAGUGAAACUAGGCGGAAAGGCGGAUAAAUACUAUCUAGAACUGAAUGAUGGACUACUUGUAAUGUGUUAUGAAGAGAAAGAAAUUCGAGUUUGGGAUUUAGUUAGAGAAGAGAACGGCACAAUUGCAUUAGAAACGAGCAAAGGAUUCCAACCAGACGAGACAAUUAAUGUAGUCACAGUGAAUGGGAAACGAGGUGUGAUAACAGCGGUUACUAGUCUCAACAACGUCGCCGAAUGGAAAAGAAAACGGGUAGAUACUAACAUCGAGACUGCUUGGAAAUUGAGUCCACACACGCCAAUAGAAAGCCCGAUAACACUAAUCCGUUGGAGUCCAAUUCUGAGCGCAUCUGCCGCUAUAACUGAAGCUGGCAUCCUACUCCUCGGAGAUAAUUCAUUUACGGUCAAAAUGCGUGGAAAAAUGGCUGCUUGUCAGACCAGUUCGAAUAGUUUUACACUUCUUCAUGCUACAAGUGGAGUCUCUCAAGAAUUGAAGUUGUCCAUUCCAUCGGCAAAAGGAAUAUGUCUCGGAGAGAAGCAGCUUGUCGUUUGGAACGAUGAUACGGUGGUCACUUAUGACGUUCAAACUUCUCUUGCAACAAUACAAUGUACUUCUUUUGCGUGUGUUACAACUUCUGUUGCUAUCGUCAAUCAGAAUUUGUAUUGUAUUGAGAAAGACAAGAUAUAUGCGAGAACACUCCAAGGGACUCUUCGACAAGAAAUCUCGUUGCCGGAAAUUGAAGGAGAUCCGGAUAUACUGGAAAUUAAUCGAUGUUGGAUGGCAGUGGCAACAACAAAUGGAUUCAUUCGAAUUUAUAAUCUUAGUUCAAAGGAUGCACAUCAGGAGCACAAUUCAAAAUAUAUUGUGGAGAAUGUUCCCAACUUUUACAAGUUUAACACAAUUAAAAUCAACCACACCGGAACUAAAGUUGCCGUCACUUAUCUAGAGGAUGUCUCAACAGUUGCCGAACGCCUUCUUGUUUAUGAUGCUGAACUGGAUUCAGUCUCCUACUUCUCAUUCGACCGUGGAAUGACGGACACUCAAGAAUAUGAAACACAAGCAGAGCUGGCACAUACAAGUAGUGGACGACCAGUUACAGCUGCAGCACGGAAAAUGGCGAGAGAGCAAUCUCGUUUUCAAAUGAUGAAUCAUAGAGCAGGAGCACUUGAAUGGGAUGAAAAUGAUGCGAGAUAUCUGGUUGUUGAAUGUAUUCAUGUUGAACCUGAAUCGACAGAUCAAAGAGUCCUCACUUGCUUCGUUACAUCAGAGCAUGGUAUUCAGUUACAAGGAAUGCAACAAAAAAGUAUUCAUUGUGGAAAACUGGUUUCCGUUUCUGUCCCAAACUUCUAUUUCGUGAGAAAGGCUGGUUGGGAUGAAGAUGAUCAUAGAGAUGAGAGAACAAUUGGAAAGACUCUUGUUGCUAAAUGUCUUCGAGAGUUUUUGGGAAAUGAGAAUUGUGAUGAAUCCACUAGAAAGGCCAUGAUGGAUUUCUCCUUCUACUUGACAAUCGGAAGUAUGGACGCCGCAUUCAAAGCUAUCCAGUUUAUCAAGAGUGACAGUGUCUGGGACCAUAUGGCAUCAAUGAGUAUCAAAACUCGUCGUCUUGACGUGGCAAUGGUCUGUCUCGGGCACAUGAAAAAUGUGAGAGGAGCACGGGCGGUCAGAAGAUCUAUGCAAAACGGAGAGAAUGAUUCAAUGAAGUGUGCCGCAUUGGCAAUUGAACUGAGCAUGCUAGAAGAAGCUUUGAUCAUUUACGCCCAAAACGAAAGAUAUGAUUUGAUGAACAAACUCUAUCAGUCUCAGAAUAUGUGGUCGGCAGCAUUUGAAAUAGCUGAAACAAAAGAUAGAAUUCACUUGCGGAACACUCAUUACAACUAUGCAAAGUUUCUGGAAGGAAAGAGAGAUCAAGCAAGUAUGGAAGCUGCAAUUGAGAAUUACGAGAAAGCAGGAGUUCAUACGUUUGAAGUUUUCCGAAUGCUGAAAGAUUAUCCGAAACAAAUCGAGCAAUACGUUCGUCGGAAGAGAGAAGAGUCUCUCUACAGUUGGUGGGGAGCUUAUUUGGAAAGUGUGGGCGAAUUAGAAGGAGCUCUGAGUUUCUAUGCAUCUGCAAAGGACUAUUACUGCAUUGUUCGAGUGAAGUGCAUCCAAGGGAAAACAGAUGAAGCCGCACGACUUGCAGAGGAAUCAAACGACAAAGCAGCAUGUUAUUUAAUUGGAAGAAUGUUUGAAAACGAUGGAGAUGUUGUGAAAGCUGUCAAGUUUUUUACGAAAGCUAGAGCACUUUCAUCUGCAAUUCGUUUGGCUAAAGAGCAUGAUAUGAAAGAUAGACUCGCCAAUUUAUGUCUGAUGGCAGGGGGAUCAGAACUCGUCAGUGCUGCCAGAUACUACGAAGAUCUUCCGGGAUAUGCUCACAAGGCAGUCAUGUUGUAUCACAAAGCAGGAAUGAUUGGAAGAGCUUUGGAUUUGGCAUUCCGAACAGAGCAGUUCAGUGCUCUUGAUUUGAUAACAAAGGAUCUUGAUGCUGGAACAGAUCCGAAGAUUUUGAAAAGAGCAGCAGAGUUCUUUGAAAACAAUCAAAAUUACGAGAAAGCUGUGAACUUUUUGUGUUUAGCAAAGGAAUUCGGCGGCGCAGUGCAACUCUGUAAAUCGAGAAAUGUGCGGGUGACUGAUAAGUUUGCGGAGUUGAUGACACCCACAAAAGAUGACAUGCCUAACGCUCAAGAGAGGAAAAGAGUGCUGGAAACUGUUGCAGAACUGUGUCUCCAACAGGGUGCCUACUCAGCAUCUGCGAAGAAAUUCACUCAAGCUGGAGAUAAACUUUCAGCAAUGCGAGCUCUUCUGAAAUCUGGCGACGUUCAGAAAAUCCGAUUCUUUGCAAAUACUGCUCGAAGCAAAGAAAUCUAUAUACUGGCUGCCAACUUCUUACAAACAACUGAAUGGCAAGAUAACCCACAGACAAUCAAAGAUAUUGAGACCUUUUAUACAAAGUCUCAAUCCUACGAACAUCUCGGAAACUUUUAUAAAUCUGUAGCGAUUAUCGAAGCAGAGAAUCUGAGAACACUGGAAAAGGCAAUGAGUGCUCUCCAGAUGGCAGCUGUCUGUGUUCAAGAAGCUGAACAGAAGAAUAUGGCUUCGGCUGGUAUCGAUGCGUUGACGGAAGAUAUCAAGAAAUAUGUGAUACAGUUGAAGAAGUUGAUGAGUAUUUUGGAAGUAAUGAAGAAUGACACAGCUGAUGGGAUGCGUCAACUGACAACCCUCGCAGAAGAAUCUGUUGAAGAUGACAUCGUUCCGUGUACCAGACUCUUUGCACUCAUCAUCGUAGAUCAUGCAGCAAAAAAGAAUUGGAAACCUGCGUACAGAGCAAUCACUGCUUUGCUCAAGAAAUGUCCAAAUGUGGAUUUGGAAAUCUUUAUUGAUUCUUCCACAUUGGACAAGGUUUGCGAUGAGAUGAGAAUGGAAAGAGUGACGAAGAAAAAGAAGGAAGAAGUGGAAUCAGAUGGAGAAGAAGUCGACUUCUCUCACUCAUUACGAAGACAGAAUAUUAGUUGA